UUUACCCAGGUUGUGUUUAUAAUUUACACUUUACGACAAAUAUAAAUGUGCAUUACAGGUCAGUUCCUUUACUUGCAACUUAUGCAUUUUUGACAACACAGUAUUUUCCUGUAGCUAUGUGGUUUUUAGUAAUCACGUCAUUUAUAGCUCUGUUGUUUACAUGGAAAUGGCUCCGCAAUCGUCAAACAGUAGGAAACUAUAGACAUCGUUAUGUUAUGAUAACGGGGUGUGAUUCUGGAUUUGGAAAUUUAUUAGCGAAAAGAUUAGAUGAUUUGGGUUUCCAUGUGUUCGCUGGUUGUUUUACACAACAAGGAAUAGACAUGCUUAAUAAAGAAACUUCAGAUACAGUUCAAGCAAUUCAGUUAGACGUCUCCAAAACAGAAAGUAUAAACAGUGCACUAGUGAAUGUUAUAGCAUCAUUACCAAAAGAUACAGGAAUGUGGGGAUUGGUGAACAAUGCUGGGAUAGUUGGGUCACCGGCACCAGUAGAAUGGUUGUCAAGGGAGGACUAUCAGGAAACGUUAGCAGUAAAUACGUUCGGAAUGAUUGAGAUGUGUCGAGUUUUUCUCCCACUACUUCUGAAAGCUAACGGUCGUAUUAUUAAUAUGUCAAGCAUAGUGGGGAGAAUAGCUAUGGCCCCGGCACCUUAUACGAUUUCAAAAUAUGCUGUCGAAGGAUAUUCAGAUGUGUUAAGGCGUGAACUUUAUCGAAGAGGAGUAACGGUGCAUAUUAUAGAACCCGGAUACUUUAGAACAAAUAUAGCAGAUCCUGAUACAAUUUGUAAUGCAUUAACAAACAAGUUUAACAGUUUAUCAACACACAUGCAGAUAUAUUACGGAAAGGAGUAUGUUGAAAAAGCAAAGAAGCGUAUUAGGACAGGAAUUAAUUAUGUAGGGUCACCAAGAGUUCACCUUGUUUACGAAGCGUAUAUUCAUGCGCUAACAGCAAAACAUCCACAUCAUCGCUAUCUAGUUGGAAAUGAUGCAAAACUACUUUUUCGGAUUCUUUGGAAUUUACCAGAAUGGAUGAGUGAUUAUGUACUAGGUCAAGGUAGACCAAUACCUGCAGCUGUACAAACUUAGUGUAUAUUAUUAGUUGAAGUAAAAUAAUUGCUAAUUUUG